AUGCUCAAGUUCUAUGGGGCUUUUGAAAGAACGAAUUUCUGCUGUCAUAGGUGGUCUGGUCGAACGAGCAUCGCAAAGGGCAAAAAUGGUGGAGAGAAUAGAAGCCUUGAUUUGCGCCAUCAGGUCUCUGGUGAGUCCGGUAAGCGAAUCUCCACCUGUGGGUCCGAAGCGGGUCACAAAAAGCAGCUGCCCCGCCUGUGGAAACAAACAACUCCAAUGAGUCAGGCCAUCAUUCAAAACCACUUGGAGCACCAGCAUCAAAGCUUCGGACGAUCGUUGUCUAAGAAAGAGUUGACUGUUCCCUCCUUUGGAUUUGACUCUGGUGAGAUGAGUAUGCUGCAGAGCUUGGAGGAGAACCCGGAGGAGGAUUUCAUGUCUCUCCUACCGCCUGUGUCAUCUCAACGACGAUUCAGCGAUAAUCCACUGAUGGCUAAACAGCGUGGUGGCUGCGCUUUCCAGCCCAUGAUGUCACCUACCAUCAUCAAUUAUUCAACCCAUGAUCUUGAACGCAAUGUAAAGCUGCGCAGUGCUCCAACUCGUUCUUUCUGUUGCAUUUAUCACAAAAGGCAGGGCUACGAUAAAUCCUAUCGCUCGCCUAAUUGCACCUGCUCCUGCUCUCAACUUCGAAAAAACCCAACCUCCAACUCCUACACUGAGAUGGUUAUGAUGUAUCCUGGAGAAGUAACUCUGCCUAACUGUUGUCACUCACCACACAACUCUGAAAAUUUGCCCAACGAGGAGUGCUGCAGCUGUUCACAUCACAGAAUGAAUAGAUUUUUAGUGGAAGAUAUGGCAAGCGAGGUGACAGGCAGUCGAUGUUACUCACCGAUCCCACCCCAACCAUCCAUUGCUCCCAGAAGCCUCGGUAGUCCACCUUUCUUGGCAUCGCCCUACAGAAACCCCAACCCACAGCAGUACACACAGGAGCGUCUCUCACGGCAGAUCUGUCGCGAUCGACUGACAGCAGACAGGGAUCCUGAAACGCCGUUCUUAGACAUGCUGACGGAUAACGAAACAUUUGAAAAGGAAGUUCAAAGGUACCUCGAUAAAGAUAUUCAAAAGGAGACUAGUGAGGAGGGUGCAAAUGCACCACAAUCGCAGGCAUCGCGACUCAUUCCACCCGACCUCGUUUUUAGCCCUGCGUCCAGACGCGUUUCUGCGGUGGACAUAGGUGAGGAGGUGGUGGGAUCGUCGGUUAUCAAUAUGUUGACAGUUAGUUCAUCAUCGCGACAAUUAUCGCGUCAGAAUUCUAUCUACUCAAUGGAGGAUGGUUGUCACCACCAACAACAACACAGCACCAUCUCGCCUCAAGGCAGUCUGGGCUCAGAAAGGGGAACUUUUCUAACACCAGAAUACCAAACUGCUGCUCCCGUGAUUGCAGCAGCCAAUAUGGAACCAAAACAGUGGGUCAAGCCUGCUCGAUCAUUCGAUCACGUGUCGAGCAGAAACUUUGUUGUUCACAGAGCUGCUUCACACUCACCGAGCCAUCUCUCUGCUUAUACUCAGGAGUACAUGAACAAACCUACUGUGCAUCGUUCGGACACCGACUGCUUUGUCCGAACGAACCAAUAUCCCCUGGAUAGUCGACCAGCUCAGAUCGAAGUAAAUGCUCGCAGAACACCCGAGUUCCUAUCCCUCGAUUCAUCAAAUAGUGAUCCGCAGCACAUUGAAGCAGAGCACAGACAUUCCUACAACAUGGAGGGACCGCAGUCUUACGGUGGCAGACAGCACUUUCGAUCCGACUCCACUGGCGAUGGAAAGCGUGCGCCCAUUCUGCUGAAGUUGAAACUUACUUCCCUUACAACCAGUGCUGACUGCCUGAAACAGCAACCCGUGGUCGGAGGACCCACAGUUCUUAGCGCAGGACAUCAUCGAGCUCCUUUUUAUGUCAAUUCUCACACCCAUCGAGAGGCGACUAGACGACUGGCUCAAAAGAAGAUACAACAGAGAUCGGGCAAAGACCUGCAUCCUCGUAAAAGCCUUGAAGUGGAGUCUGCUUGGUCAUCUUCGCAAUCGGCUUCAUUGCAUAGCUCCAAGUCACCAAGUCGAAGCCUUCAUCCUCGAUCCAAGUCCUCAGAGGUUGAUGUUCGUGGUGGCUAUUCACCCACAACGAGAUGCGUACGUCGAGACUACACAAUAGACGAGAGAACAGAUGAGAUAUUUCAAACUUUUUUACAACACGAUCCUCUCAUGGACGACUUGACUGCACAGCACUCAUUGAAAGGAGGCAAGAAAAGUUUACAACAAUCCUGA